AUGAAAUCCAAGUCGCUUUCUUCGACGGAGGCCUCUGCAUCGGCUGAACAGAUAGCUUCAGUUACACCCUUUAAAAGCCAACACCUGAGCGUCAGACAGGAGCAGUUUGAAACGAUCUCAAAAUGCAACCCCACAAAGGUGCCGGUCAUUCUUGAAAGGGCACCGCACUCAUCUGUCCCCGAAAUUGACAAGACAAAGUAUCUUGUCCCUAAAGAGCUGACGGUUGCCCAGUUUCUAUUUCUAAUUAGGAAACGCAUCCAGCUUUCCAAUGACCAAGCACUCUUUAUCUACCUGAAUGGACAGGUGCCUGCUGCCUCGGCCAUAUUUUCGAAUCUGUAUGAUGAGCACAAGGACGAGGAUGGAUUCCUUUAUGUUGUGUACACAGGAGAAUCGUGUUUUGGUAACAAUCAGAACUAG